AUGGCGAACAGCAGCGAGCUGGGGAGCAGCAGCCCGCACCUGCCCAGCGCCGGCGGCCUGCUGAGCGCCUCCGGGCUAAAGCUCGCCACGCUGGGGCUGAUCCUCUGCGUCAGCCUGGCCGGCAACGUGCUCUUCGCCUGGCUCAUCCUCAAGGACCGGCACCUGCACCGCGCGCCCUACUACCUGCUGCUGGACCUCUGCCUGGCCGACGGGCUCCGCUCGCUCGCCUGCUUCCCCUUCGUCAUGCUGUCGGUGCGCAGCGGGGCCGCCUGGCCCCACGGGCCCCUCAGCUGCAAGGUGCUGGCCUUCCUGGCCGUGCUCUUCUGCUUCCACGCCGCCUUCCUGCUCUUCUGCGUGGGGGUCACGCGCUACAUGGCCAUCGCCCACCACCGCUUCUACGCCAAGCGCAUGACGGGCUGGACCUGCCUGGCUGUGGUGUGCAUGGUGUGGACCCUCUCCAUGGCCAUGGCCUUUCCCCCCGUCUUUGACGUGGGUACCUACAAGUUCAUCCGGGAGGAGGAACAGUGCAUCUUCGAGCAUCGCUACGUCAAGGCCAACGACACGCUGGGCUUCAUGCUCAUGCUGGCGGCCGUCAUCGCCGCCACCCACCUGGUCUACAUCAAGCUGCUCUUCUUCAUCCACGGCCACCGCAAGAUGAAGCCGGCCCAGCUGGUACCGGCCAUCAGCCAGAACUGGACCUUCCACGGGCCGGGAGCCACCGGCCAAGCGGCUGCAAACUGGACGGCUGGCUUUGGCAGGGGGCCCACGCCACCCACCCUCGUGGGCAUAAGGCAGGCCACCCACAGCCAGAUCAAGCUGCUGGUGCUGGAGGAGUUUAAGAUGGAGAAAAGGCUCUGCAAGAUGUUCUACAUGAUCACCUUGCUCUUCCUGCUGCUCUGGUCCCCCUACAUUGUGGCCUGCUACCUGCGGGUCUUCAUUAAGGCCAGCUCCAUCCCCCAGGUGUACCUGACCACCUCCGUCUGGAUGACGUUUGCCCAGGCAGGGGUCAACCCGAUCCUCUGCUUCAUCUUCAACAAGGAGCUCAGGGUGUGUCUCCGAGCCCACUUCCCAUGCUGCCAAAGCAUCCAGAGCACCCAGGGCACCAUCCUUUGCGAUCUCAAGAGCUUUGGGAUGUAGGGGGGCUUUUCUCUUUCUAGAAAAGAAAGAUGGAUAUAAAUUUCCAUGUUUCUGCAUAUGAGCUCAAGAGAGUGUGACCUGUGGGGGACAUACUAAACCACCACCCAGCACCCAAACCUUAGGCUGUAAGAAGCUAUUUAUUUAUUUUUCUAUAUUUUGCGUAUGCUCUCUUCAGAACAUAACAGGUUGCUGUCUAUGGGACCAGGUACUUGAGCAGAACACCCCCAAACCUUAGGCAGUAAGAAGCUGUUUUUUUCUUUGUGAUUGUGUGGUUUUUAAAAACAAAACAGGGCUCCGAGUUUCUGGUCUUGCUUCUAACGUUUCUAAACAUGAUUCCAACAGAUAUGGAUUAAGGCCAUGACAUUUUUUUUUUGUUUCCCUAUUCCUGUCUGUUUUGAUAAAGGCUUAACAAUUUUACUCAUGUAAUAUUUGAUAAGGGCCAAGACAAUUUUAUACUAAAGUUAUUUUUGAUGACCUCAAGGGGUGUUGUUUUAUUAUUAUUUGAUUUUCAGUGAAGAACAUGAAGAGGACGUUCCUGAUGUGGUCAGAAGUCAGUUUUGGUGGGAGCUGUUGGGUUCAUUCAUUCUCAAAUGGUUUGAGUAUUUGAAGCCGUUAGUUAUAACUUUUGCUUGACAUGCAAACAGUGUAGAACUAAUUUCAAUUUUUCUUGUUGCACUAUUCAUUUGGUAAUAUUUCCGAACUAUUUGUGAAACGUGAUUUUAAAAUACCAACUUUAAAAAUAAGCAACUAUAGCAGUUUUUAAAACCUAGAUUGAAAUUCAUAUUUUACUGCCUUUAUAGGAAGUUAUCUACAAACCUGGGUAAUACUUGUACAUUUUGACUGUUUUCUUUAAUAAAAUAUUGAAAACCUU